AUGGAAGACUGGUUGGACAUUUUAAACAUCGGUUUACUCCAAGCUGCCGUUCAUGAUCGGAUCACGGGACUUCAGCAGCAAGUGAGGGACGCACAGCAGGAGUCUGGCGACCUUCAGGAACAACUGAGAGCCUCCGAAGAAAACCGGGAACUUGUCUCGCGCCAGUUGGCUGAAUCGCAGGUGGCAUACUCAGAACUGCAGAAAGGUGUGGAAGCAGCAGAAAAUGAGAACGUACAACUGAAGAGGUCGAUUGAGGAACUGAAGUCUCUUUACGAGGAAAAACUGGCGGAUUCAAGGACUGCCAGGAUGACCGUGGAAGGCCGAUGGAGACAGGAGGCAGCCUGCAGGGCGGAAUUGGAGAAGGUGCUACUUGCCAAGGAGGCCUCCUUCCAGGCAAAACUUGACGCUGCCGAAAACAAGUCAGCACAGGCUGAAAAGAAAGUGAAGAGCCUGGAAUCUCAAAUAGCCAGCCUAAAACGUAAUUGUGAGAACCUACGUCAACAGGCAAAAGAGUCAAAACGGGAGCUUGAAGCCCUUAAUACCAAAAAACAGAAUCUGGAAUCAUACCUCGAGAAAGCUCAAUCGGAAAAACGUCUGGCUCAGCAGAAGUUGAGUGUUUUUGCGUUAGAACACGCAGCCCUCAAGGCCGUUGCCAUGACGUCGACAGGGACCGCUUCUGCUAACGGCGCCAACGUUGACGAGGAUUGUUGCGAUCCCCAUGCACGCUCCUGGGCUGACGGUCGGACACGCAAUCCCAAAAUGCGACCGUCGCCAGUGAAGCUAUGUCAACCGGGUAGUGACGCCAGUCGCCCACCAGUUACCUCGGAUCCGCUACCGCCAAGUGGGUUUAGUUGA